AUGAGUAAUUCCAAAAUACCCAAACUUUCCUUUCAUUGUGAUACUAGCAGUGCUUCUCGAGAUUUCCCAAAGAAAAAACGUCAGAAAAAAGAGAUGGACAUGGCACUAGCUCCAAAUAACAAUAAAUUGAACAUACUACAGGGCUCCGGAGCUGGACUGCGACGUUGCUACGCAGAUGACUCUUCCGCUAUGCGUAAGAAGAAACUAACCUUUGGAGGUGACCCCAGGGUUAUUGAGAGAGUAAAAAACAAUGAACGUAAGGUUAGAAAGGAUAUAGACUCGUUAUUGAACGCUAUCUCUGAGAUUGAAAAGGAAUCUGUUCGUGUUCUUGACAGAGAAAUACCUGGGAUAACGCUAGAGUUAGAUGCUAAGGUCAGAGCAUGUAGAGAGCUACAAAAGGAAAUUGAUGGGCUGUCAACUGAGAUGGACUUGAAGGAUAAUCAAUGUGAUUUGCAAAGAAGGAAUGUUGAACUUUCGUCAAAAAAUAUAGUAUCUAUGCAUGCCGUAACAGUUCAAGAGUUUGAAAACGAUCUAGAAGAAGAAUUAUCGAAUGCUAAAAGAGAAUGGACGUACAAAUUGAUGGAAGUAGAAAAUUUGAAACCUGAUGAAAAGUUAACUGGUGAAAUGCGACAUCUUAAGGCAGAAUUCGAAGAGGUCAAUAGGAAAUUAUUUAUUUUACAAAAUGAAAAUGAGAAAAAGUGUAGAGAAUAUGAAAGUGAGCUGAAUAAUAAUUUCGAGAUUUUCAAAAAGACCAAGAACGAUGCUAGGAUUGAUUUAGAUGAGGAGCAAGAAAGGCUUACUAAAGUUUUAAAAGAUGUACAAGACAUCCAUGCCGAAUUAAAAGAGAAUAUUAAGAUAUGUGCAGAUGAGUUUGACGAGUUUGAAAAAAAAGCCAGAGAAGCAGAAAUGAACUUCUGCAACAUGGAACUUGCCGUUGUUCCACUUAGAAAAGAACUCGCUUCUAAAGCACAAGCAUUGACGCAAGUACAGGAGAUUAAAAAACAAGUCGAAGAGAAAGCAAAUGCUUGGAGGAAGAAGUAUGCUGGUGAAUUAGAUAAGGUUCAACAGGAACUAUACACACGACAGAACUUAGCCACUUCAAUUGAAGAAAUUAAAGGCUAUACCCGAUGCUUUGCCUAUGCUAAUGAACGUGACAUGCCCAAAGAAUUUCAUGUCAACUAUGUAGACCAGUGUAUUUGCCAGAAUAAUGGUGAAAAACGUGUACAAGCGUUUGAUAGAGUCAUCCUCGAAGAGAUUCAUAAGGAUCAUACACGGUUAUAUAACGAAUGCGUUCCAUUUUUGGAAAAAUACAUCAGUAAGUUGGUCAGCUGCAGCAUUGUAGUGGUUUCGCAACAGCGUGCAGCCCCUAUGAAGAUGACUUUGUUGAAACAGAUAGUUGAACAAUAUGGUGAAGGUUACAAGAUGACGUUGAAAACUGUCCGCUUCGAUGGGAGCAUCAAACGCAAUGACGUUAGAUUAAAUAGCCUCGCACAGAUCAGAGAUCUGUCACAAGAUGAAGAAUGCAUGAACGUUUUAACUUUAGAUACCAAAUUAAGAAAAGAUGAAGAAUCCGACUCAAUGAAUAUAUAUAUCGGUAAUAUAACCGCUUCACAACUGAGUAAAGGGCUCGAAGAGGCUCCCUCAAUCCUUUCGCAUGUACUUACUAAAACAAAACAGUGCUUCGUCUUCAGGAUCAACGGUAGUGAAAACAUCGAGAAGGCUUUGGCCCUAGCGGGAAUACUAAAAGAAACAAUAAGGUUACCUCAGCUGGAUUGA